CAGUAAAGGUGUUACGUGAAUGCAUUCAAACCGCCUUAUUUUGAUUUGUGUCGUUUUUGAUGAAUAACGGCAACGGUAUGGAUAUCUCAAGUCGAACAGCUUUUAUUGUUAAGCAGGGUAUCGCUGCAUAUCAAGCAACAUAUCCGCCAGAAACAACGAAAUGUAAUAAAAUACCAGCACCUAAUGAAGAUCUUAAUGCUGAAAUUGGUUCUCAACUGAAUGACUUGCUUUUGAGUUCGAUGAUUGAAGCCGAAACAUGUACAACUGAGAAGAUUCCAACUGAUUCUGACAAUUUCAGUGAUAUUAGAAGAUACGAUUUGGUUUAUAAGAUAAACAUUGUAACACUACCAAUUACCAGCCUCAAGAAAACUUCACGAUGGAGACCGUAA